AUGUCUGAAAGAUCAGUGUUCGCCUCUGAUUAUUAUGAAUUAAAGCAUGUCAAAGCCAUAGAUUAUACACAUACUUCAAACUUCAAGAAAGGAAGAACCAUCUUAUUUCAUAAUAGGGAUGAACCACAGAAUGAUUUAAACAAAUGCAAUCUAAGCUGUGAUUGCUCAGAAUGUGGAUAAUUAAUUGGAUUCUCCUUGAAAGUACAUAGAGAAUUACCUCUAAAAGAAACAAGAAAUCAAAAGAAAAGAAGAAUCUUCAGGAAAUUUAAAGCUGUAGGAAAUGCCAUCAUUUUCAUUCUGAUGUACAAAAUGGAAGCAAUUAAAAGAAUGAAAAAGAAAAUGCAUCUCCUUAAAGCAGUUCGAAACCUAACUGUACGAAGACCUGCUCUUGCAUAAUAAAUGCAGUUAUUACCAGUUUAAUAAUCAAUUAAAAUACCAUAAAGUCAUGAUGAACAAUUAGAAGAAACAGUGUCUAUUCAUCCCUUCCAACCUUUCUAGAAGGGACCAAGAUAAAACAAGAUAUCUAUCUAUAUGCAAAAGAUGUUAAAGGAUGUAUAACCUAAAAAAGAAAUCGUAUUGAAACCAUUAAAUAUUGUGAAUAAUGCUUUUGCUAAAGGAAACAAAAAGAGACACGUAAAGUGCAAUUCCGAAUCAUCUUUAUCUCAAUUUAAUUGUUAAACACAAUUCAAACCUUUUUGUGAAACUAAUAGAACAUAGGCAACUAAUUUUUAUUAGAGUAACAAGAAAGAUAUUUUGAAAUUGAUAGACAUUAUGAAGGUAAAACACAGAGUUAUUAGAGUAAAAAAAUGA